AAGCCAGCAGAUGAUUCCCUUCAAACAUCAGCCUCUCCUUCACUCGAAGCUCAACCUGCACCGACAACAGUAGAGGCCGAACUGGCUACGCCUGCUGAAGAAGCUGCCCCUGCUGAGAAAGCUGGCCCUGCUGAGAAACCUGCACCCGUGCAGGAACCCGCACCUUCAGUUGUCGAAUCAGUCGAGUCGGCCGAAACUGGCGCAGCUGUAGAGGAAGAAAAGCCAGUUGUUCAAGAUCCAGUGCCGGCAGACGCGGCAGCCGAAAAAGCCAAAGCUAGUGAGAAGGAUGGGUCUACUCCCACUGCUACACCUGACGAAACCGCCUUGCCAACCCCAAUACAACCCCAAGAGACCGUUGUAGCUCCAGUUUCUCCGGAGCCUUCGGAGAAGGCACCCGUCCCUGAGUCCACUGAUAUCCCUGCUCUCGAGUCUGCUGAUAUCCCUGCUCCUGAGCCUGCUGAAGUCGCUGCUCCUGAGUCCACUGAAGUAAUCGCUACUGAGCAUGCCGAAGUUCCCGCUCCUGAGUCCGCUGGCACUUCAGCACCAGAAACCCAGACGGUGGACACUUCCAUAGCGAACACUCCUGCGGCGGAUAUUUCUCCCGUUGAGACUCCCUUGGUUGAGACACCUGCUGCUGAGGAGAUGUCUCUUCCUCAGGAAUCGUCUCCAGUUGAGCCUGCUCCAGUAGUAGAGGAACGUUCUGUCGAAGACCCUCCCGUUCUGUCAAGCAAGGCAAAGAAAAGGGCUAAGAAGAAAGCCAAAGCUGCCGCUUCUGCACAAAUCACU